AUGCCAUCGCCGAACUAUGGUCUACAAAUUCUCCUAAUAUCGUCAUGGCUCAACUUGGCGCUCUACGCAACGGAAAUCAACCUCGCCUAUCGCUAUAUGUGCAAAUUUCCGAACGACUCGCGGAUGAACCGCGGCAUCGUACGUUUUGCUCUGGUAGUCGACACGAUCUCAACGGUGGCGGUUUGUGGGAACGCUUGGAUAUUCCUCGUCGGCACCCCCCGUACCGGCUUGCCACCCACAUUCCACCGAUGGCCCCUUCCCACCCUAGUAAUAGCGACCGCAUGUUCCGCAUCCCUCGAACAGUCUUUCCUCAUCUUCCGCUUCUGGAAACUGCGGCAUGCGGGCAGCGAAAUGCAGAGGCAGAUGCGGGAGUCCGCGUCAAGGAGGUUUCACAAGCUCCGCGAUGUCUUCAUGGCGGGCUUCCUUGCGCUUCUGGUCUGCACUCACACGGGUUUCGCACUGACGUCCGGCAUCCUUAUUUUUCUGAACCCUAUCAUCGCGCCUGGGUUUGCUGUUACAGCCACUACAGUAGCGAAAUGUGUGAGCGGGGCAGCGGAUAUCCUAAUAGCCAUUGCCCUCGUUUGGCAGCUCCGCACCGUUGACGCCUCGUUCCGCCCAACCCAAAGUCUCAUCCGACGUCUAAUAGCCAAUGCAAUAGCCUCAGGCGCUAUCGUCGCGGUGACGACCCUUCUAUUAAUGGUCCUCUUUCUGGUCAAGGCCCCAGCAUUUAAUAUCUUCUCCGCAAUUUUGGGUCGGCUAUACAGUAUCACAAUUCUGGUAAACCUCUCUACGCGCCUGCGAAAGCAUUCGGGCUCAACGACUGGGUGCUCUGACCCUACUCCGACGUUGAACCUCUCAUCCAUUCGGAUAGAACGUUCGUUAGCUUUCCAGCGGGAUGAUGAUAGCGGCGCGAAGGACACAUCCGUUUUCGGCACGGGCGAUAACUCUGAGCAUACAAACGAGCUUCGUGUGUUAACAUCGAGCGGGACUAAAAUUCCACCUUUAGAACUUCUAGAACACGGACCACAAGCAAUCUAA